AGGAACCUUACGCGUCAAAAACAUUAGGUUAUGUUUUUCGUCUGUAGUGCACGAAAACUGUGCGAAACCUUACGCGUCACAAACAUUAGGAUCAGUCGCGGUGCACAAGAAUUGAGACUAAUGUUAGUAUCGCGUCAGGUCUUUCGUGUGCAAUGCACGAAUACUGAGCCCUACGCGACAAAAACAUUAGGAUCAGUCAUUUGUGUGCAGUGCACAGAAAUUGGGCCUAAUGUUAGUGUUGCGUAAAAUCUUUCGUGUGUAGUGCACGAAAAAUCAGCCUAAUGGGACCCUACUCGACAAAAACAUUAGGCUUAGUUUUCGUUCACAGCCUAACGCGACAAUAACAUUAGACUGAGCCUAAGGUCCCGUUCAGUGUGAAGCAUCAACAUUACACUUACGAGUGAAAAUGUUAUUCGUAAUUUAAAGUUUCGCAAAAGGGAUUGGGUGGUGUGAUAGUGCGCGCACGCUUACGAGCAUGCCAGAGGGUACUCCCCCGCAAAUGUGGAGGCGCGUGUGUGUUGCCAGGCCGCCGGUUCCCUUGGGUCCCAGCUGCGUGUAUACGUGAUGGGGGCGAGUGGGCCCAUCGGGAAUCUCGGAUACCUGCCGUCAGGUGGCUCCACCAGCAGCGCCCGGCAGCGAGCUGCUGGAGCAGUCGCGAAGGCGCCUUCGUAACGCGAACACCUUGCAUCUUGUUCCCAAAGAUGCCAACGGAAGACGGUCACGCGCCCCGUUAUCAUCAUCAGUGAUCUUUUGAUAUCGCGAUAGAUCCAAUGUUUACCUAAACACAACACAGACAGAAUGCAGCAGCAGGAUCAACGCGAGAUGACAACGGCGGUUGACCUUCACGAAUCUGUAUCAUCCACCGAAGAUGGUGCAGCGAGCUUAUCGAAUCUCACCCUACAAAGUGUUUUACAAAGCGUUCAGACUUAUCUAACCCUCCAAAGACUUCACGCGAGUGGGGCGACCAAUGUGUCAUCGUCCUCGUCAAUAUCAACUUUGGGCCUACAAGGGGCGUUGCUCGCGGCCCUCCAAAGGGUGGCCCUCCUACCCCCGGGUCAUGCCGCUGCAGCUGCUCUCAAUCUGCAAGCGCUCGAGACCUAUUUAACCCUUCAUCGUUUACACGCGAGUGGAGCCGCGUCUUCAUCGUCCGGUGUCACUGGACCUAGUCAACGUUGCUCGAUAACCUUGGGCACUGGUCCCUUGUAUCAAGUACCCAAAGCAGACACACUCGCUCAUCUCGAUAUUCUCACGUCAAAUUCCCUUGACGAGGACGAUGGUUCGCAUUUGGAUUUUGUCACUGAUCCCGAGGAGGAUUUGGCACUCCUCGACGAUGAGGAGGUUAUAUUGAGGGAGAAUUCGGCGACGUCGAGUGCAAAUCAUGAUGUGUUGUUGCAACGAAUAGCGGAGGGGAGUCAAACUAUUUUGCCGACGGGCAACAAUCAGGAACAGUUGGUGCAAAGUUCAACAUUACAGGCGACCUCAACGUCGACGGAUGUUAAUUUACAGCGAAAUUGUCGGUCAGCAAGGCCCAAGAAACAAUUUAUUUGCAAAUUUUGCAAUCGACAGUUCACCAAGAGCUAUAAUUUGCUGAUUCACGAGAGAACGCAUACGGAUGAAAGGCCUUACUCUUGUGAUAUUUGCGGCAAGGCAUUCCGUCGGCAAGAUCAUCUCCGUGAUCACAGGUACAUUCACAGUAAGGAGAAGCCAUUCAAAUGCGCAGAAUGCGGGAAGGGAUUCUGUCAGAGUAGAACAUUGGCCGUCCAUAAAAUUCUUCACAUGGAGGAAUCGCCCCAUAAAUGUCCGGUUUGCGCGCGAAGUUUCAACCAGAGGAGCAAUUUAAAAACGCAUUUAUUAACUCACACUGACAUCAAGCCAUAUCAUUGCGCGAAUUGUGGCAAAGUUUUCCGAAGAAAUUGCGAUUUAAGAAGGCAUUCCUUGACUCAUAAUCUCGGUGUUGCGGCAUCGCCACUAUCACCGGGAAUUCCCGUACCUGGAUCGAGCACUGCUGUUCUCCAGGAGACAUCCUAGCGCAUUUUUAUUUCUUCUUUCCUUCAAACUAUUUUUUUUUUUGUUCGUUUCAUUUCUCUUCCAAUUUUAAUUUUUUCAUUUCUUUCCCAAUUUUUAAUUUUUUCAUUUCUUUUCCAAUUUUUAAUUUUUUUCAUUUCUUUUCCAAUUUUAAUUCUUAUUCAUCUCUAAAUUAAAACUGUAAUGUGAAUCUCUUUUUGCUAUUUUCUCCCCCGUAGCGAAUAAUUUUUCCCGAUUUUUUUAGGCUCGUGCGAUUAAAAUGUGUUAUAAUUAUUUUUUAAAUAUAAUAAUAAUAAUGGAAUUAAUAAAUUUAAUAAGUGAAUUCACGUUGAAAAAUAA